AGUGAGCUAUUCGCCUUAGUUUGUGGUAUUCGCGCAGGACUUCAAGCCCAUGUGUGUUGUUAUGGCCUGUCAGCGAUCCAACCUCUUUUGAACUGGCGUAGGCAUCGACCUUCUCGUAGCGGAGCUAAAACUGUCUGAAAUUGCCCUACAAAUAGCUCGCUGGACUUAAGUAUCUUGUUCCUGCGAUCUGGCCUUAAUGGGAGUGAUUAUUUUGACGAGAUGGUGACAACGUCUACAGGAUUGAAGUAUGUUGUGGAAACCUUAAGAGAGCGACGCUUUUCUCAAGACAGUUUCUGGAAUGAGGGGCUUCCCGAUUUUGUGAGCAAGUUUGCACCAGUGACUCAGGGCAGUUCAUUAGCGAGAGGUCCUUUCCUCGACGAUUUGUCGUACUCUAUGGAUGACGAGGGAAGAGUUGGCGUUCGGCGAAGAAUGAUUUGCGAUCAAACUGCCCUAAAACUGGUGAAAGCCAUUGCUGAACGCGACGCAGCCAUCCUCGAGAGGAAUAGCGCCAUUGCCGAGAAGAAAGCCGCUUGUGUGGAAAGAGAUGCAGCUCUUUUGCGUUGUGAUCUCGCGUUCUCAGAGCGGGAUUCCGCCCUUGUCGAGCGUGAUGCAGCAGUCGCCGCCUUGGGGGCCGUGCGGGCAGGAAAGUUUGCAACGUUUACUGAGUGGACGAGGCAUGGCUCUCCAAACGCCGUGACCAGCAAGACACUUCAACCCCCUGUUGUUGACAGUAGCCCGUUUAGUGUGGAUUUUGCGUCGGCCGCUGCAUGCCAGUGGAAGAGUGCUGUAGGACGCACUAAUAUAUGUUCAGAGUACAUUCAAAAGCAGAGCAUGGCUGGAAACGUCAGGGAAAGUCAGCGAGACCUUCGUUCGAAGAGGAAGAUUGGCAAAGAUACCAAGCAAGGCUUUCUGUCAUCGAGGAAAAGGCCACCUGAGCAGAAGCUCCUGAUCUAUCAGCGGGAAAAUUUGGACCAGAAUGAGCGCGGCAGCUCUGUUACAGAGGAAGUUGCCGAUGAAAACAUUUGCAAUUCCAUACCCUACUGCUCAUGUACUGGUGUUAACCAGCCAUGCUACAAGUGGGGCAACGGAGGAUGGCAGUCUGCUUGCUGCACCACUAUGAUCUCCAUGUACCCCCUUCCAAUGAACCCCAAGAAAAGAAGUUCGCGGUUGGCCGGACGGAAAAUGAGUGCCGGGGCUUUUGAAAAGCUCGUGGAGAAACUCACUCUCGAAGGGGUUAAUGUCAGAUGCCCUAUAGAUUUGAAAGAUCAUUGGGCAAAGCAUGGCACGAAUCGUUAUGUCACUCUUAGGUAGUGAUAUUCGCCUAUGCGACCAGGACUUCCUGCUUCGUAUCACAGUCUGGAGGUUCCAACCCCUGGAGCAAAUUGGAGAUUGCACUACUUCAGUUCAGCAAGUCAGUUCCGUUUUUUUGAAGUCGGGUGUAUAUGAUCCUGGAGCUAUAGCUGCUUACUGCUUGCUGUAGUUCUGAUGCGCCUACUAAAGGGUUAUGUCAACGGACGUUUGACAGUUAGUAGACUGGACCUGCUUUUGGGCCUUAAACUAUCGUAUUGUUUGCUUCGCUUUCUAACGACGCUUUUGACGCACUGUUUGCUACUUCGAGAAGUUAUGGAGGAACUCAUCAACUGAUGUGGGAUGCCCAAAAUUUUGUUGAAAGCUUAAUUGUGGGGGUUUUAUUAAGUUCUUUUCCUGGCCGCAGGUAUUUUACGUCAUAGAACCCUAUUUGUUGUUCUUAGUGCUUUCAUCGAAUGAAUGGAUCUUCACUCACAAACAUGCAAGGAUUUCAGCCUUGUUUUGUCGGCUGUCAGUCUCUAAUUUCAAAAUUGCGGAGUGGGAUUUGCAAGUC